CCCGCCCCGCCGCGCUGCGCUUUAGCUGGGCGCGGACUCUUCAAGAGCGGCAGUGUGAGCCGUGGCGGGCGCCGUGCUGUGCGGGCUGGAGGCGGCGCCGGCGCCGGUGCCGCUGCGGAGAACCCGCCGGACGCGGAGGUUUGCUGUAAACUACCUACCGUAGCUAUAAUGACACCAGCUCUCAGAGAGGCAACAACAAAAGGUCAUGGUAUCCACUUGUCACCUUCUUUGUCCUCUAGAGCUAUGGAGUCUGAUACAGCUUUGUGCAUGGAAAAUUCCAGAGCAGUGGAAGAGAAGAUAAAAGAGGACUCCAUCGCACGGAUUACUUGCUCAGUCCUGGGGUUCCCCACUGCUGAGCCCAGCCUCAGGAAUGAUAUCUUCAGUGUGCAGCAUUUUGGUUCCCCACCAUCCUCCAAGUGCUAUCAGUCUGUCUUGUUAAUGAGUACAAAUUCUGCGUUUAACAGCAAAACUGGUAAGCAGACGAAAGCAGGAGAGCCUGGCUGCUCCAAGAUGAGAAAGUCAUUACAUAAUGGGGCUGACACAUCAUUUGGUCAUAUUAGUCACUCAGGACCUGAGCAACAGGUCAAAGGGGCAGCGUUUUCAGAGACCACAUCUCCAAACUUGGCAGGAAUGCAGAGACUUUCAGGUUCAAGUGUAACUGAAUCCAGUAAUGCAGAAGAAAUGCAACUUUUAAAUGGUAAAUGGUACAAGAAGAAUGGGGUUUUGGGUAGGGCUUUGGAAGUCUGCACUGAAACAAUAAAAGGGGAUUUAUUACACCAAAUUCUUCACGGGCCUUCAGAAGGGAUUUUGAGCUGCACCCAGGAGGAGGUGUAUGCUCGCUUACUCCAGUGUGUCACUAAGCAACAAAUGGAAAUCAGUCGCGCCAAAAGAACUCAGAAGCGUUUACAAAUGCUCCUGGCAAAGCAUGUUAUCAAACACUGUGAUCAGCAGCUGAAAUGCUUUGUGAAACAUCAGCUUCAGAGAAUGAAGGUUUUCCAUGAGCCAGCUAGAUUUCUGAGCAAUAGCUCCCUCAGAUGCACUGAAGGCUGGCCGGAAAGCAACACGACUCCUUCGGAGAGUAGUUUGAGUGUGGAUGUACAGAACGGAGUUAGCGUCGCACCAGGUGAAAUCCGCGGCUUUGCACUUUCUACUGGAGGGCUGCUGUCUCGUGUGGAGAAGGACCUGGACUCUGAUGCCACGUGUAGCAGCUCAGAUGAAGAUGGUGAGGAACAGACUGUGGAAGCCAGCUAUACUUCUGAAUGGAAGUGGCUUGCAGACAGAGCUAGAAUUGGCAGCCGUUGGACAUGGCUUCAAGCCCAGAUUUCAGAACUAGAAUACAAAAUCCAACAACUAACUGACCUUCACAGGCAAAUACGUGCCACCAAGGGGAUGGUGGUCUUAGAAGAAUUCCCAUUUCCAAAAGACAUUUUGAAGAAGCAGAUCCAAUUGACAGAGCAAGAAGCUUUAUUAAACGCCACAGGGAAUUCCCAAGCUGCCAUUGAGAGCCAGGAUUCUUUGCCGGAGCAUGACUUUGAAAUGUCACCCAGCAGUCCCACUCUGCUUUUACGAAACAUAGAAAAACAGAGUGCACAACUAAGUGAAAUCAUCAGCAGCCUAAUUGCUCCACUCAAUCUGUCUCCAGCUUCUUCAUCUCUUUCAUCCAAGACCUGUAGACACAGACAGCUGGUCAAUGGUAUCUCCUUCAGAGCUUCAGACAAUAGAGAGGUGUCCUCUUCAAGCAGCUGGCUGCUUGACCAUCAGCACAUCAAGAAAAGAAGAAGAGACAGGACAAGGCUCAGAUCUGUCUCUGUGACUAAUGUGAGCACAUCUGCCCGAACAAGGCCACUUCAUAGUUUCCAGAAGAGGAAACUCUACAGAAUGCACAGUGCCUGUCACUGGAAUCAGCAGACCUUUCCAUCUAGAGAUGCCUCCUUUCCAUAUAAAACUCAGUUUCCAUCUGUGGUGCCAGCCUCCACUUUCAGCAGUGAGUACAGCACAGAAUCUAAAAUCCUAGAUUAUGUGCAAGAGCUGGACUCUUCCUUCCAUCCAGUCUUAUCAUUCCCUUCAGAUAUUCCUCUUCACAUAUACUUUGAAACAUUAUUAAGGAAGGAUGACAUCAAAGGAGAACCUGCUGAUACCUCAUCUUUGGGAGGGGACUUUAAAGUAUCUGCUGACAAUGACUACAAUCCACAUGUUUCUGUCAAACAAUGGAGCAGUGGCUGUUUGUCUAAUUCCAAAUCUCAGUUGGUGUUGGGAACACCUGACCAGCUAUCAGAAGGAAGAAAGAAAAGACAUCUAAGUGAGACAGCAGUAGGGGAAAGCAGCACUCAGUUUGAGACAUUCUCCUUCCAACAUGCAGAGCCCGAGUCCCACAGCAGUUUUACUCCCACAAGCAGUGUCAGUGCCAUGUCUCGGCCCACUCACAGCACUUCAUCACAGCAUAACUCCAGGAGGAGGUUGAGAAGUGAGAGCUCCUAUGAUAUAGACAACAUUGUUAUUCCCAUGUCACUGGUGGCACCCUCAAAGCUGGAGAAACUACAGUACAAAGAAAUCCUUACUCCAAGCUGGAGAGUUGUUGAACUUCAACCUUUAGAAAAAUCUCAAACAGAUGAAGAAGAGGUAGAAGACCUGUCAGACAAAGCCUUUUCCUGGCGCCACAGCAAGUACGAGGAGCGAGAGCGCGCGAGGUGGUCGCUGUGGGAGCAGAGCCGCUGGCCCAGGAGGAACAGCAGAUCUUACAGCAAAAAUGCUGAUGGACGACACAGCCAGGACGUGGUACAGAAAGACCAUUGCUCUGCUGACCCUGCUCCUGACCCAGCUUUGGAAGCCCACAGCUCUGUUUGUUCAGGGAUGGCACCACUCUGCAGGGAGAGCCAGGAAGAGAAGUCUGGGCUGUGGGAACUUCGAGUUUUUCCACUAAACGAUGAAGAGGUAGAAGCUUUACUGUGCCAAGAUCAAGUAACGAAUCAGACUGAAAUGUCAAGUGCAACUUUCCCCAGCAACUCUUCCUGCACUCCAGGCACACCCACUGCUUUGCCAGACAAUGGCUGUGCACCAAGAAAACAAUCUACCCAAGAGUCAGAAGACUGCAAAAGCAUUUGCCUGGGAAGCAACAGUACAAGGAAACAAAGGUGACAGGGAAUAAUGUGGUUCAUUAAGAAAGCCAAUUAAGGUGGAGAGGAGUGUAAGGUAAAAUCUCUCGUUCACACAGCAUAUGACAGCACAAUUCAAAAUCUUUAUGUUAGCUGCGUAUAAUAUAUUUUCUUUCUUGCUUUGUAACAGGCAGGAUAAAUCCCAAAGACAACACUUUCUUCUUCCUGAACCCCAAGAGAAAGUAAUUAUUUCAAGCUGGAAGUCUAAUAUUCCCAAUGUCGGGAGUGGGCGCACAUAAAUUGCUGGCACCAUUCACUUUCUGUUGUCAUAUUGCCACAUUUGUCAAUAAUCAUCCUUUUCUGUUUGUUUGUUUUCAAAUGCAUAUCUGGUUCUAAUGGACUCUCUGGUGCAGCAGGAGAUGCUGUCUACCUUAUCCAACAACUUCAACUGAACACAGAAAAACUACUUGAAAAUAGAGGGGAUAAGCUUGAGCCUCAGAUUAUUCUCCUGUGUGGCAGGACCAUAGGUCAGAAACCUGUCUCUAACUGCACGUGUAAGGUGAGGGUAGGCGAGAACCAGCAGUUCAAAGCAGGGGAUCUGGAAGCCUUGCAUCUAGCUUAAGUCAUGGCUCUCAGUAGUGCCAGGGCAUGUUUCAUGGUGAAAUCCUCAAGCAAUAAGGUAAAGCAGCCACUGCAUUGGCACAGCCUGACACAGGGGAAGCAGGGUCUCUGCUUCAGACCUGUGGAGAGGGAGAGACAGGAGAGAGGGGUUGAGCCAAAUCAGUGACACAGCCCAUAGAAUGCUGUGGCUUGGAUCAUCUUAUUUCCUUAGUCCUUCAGUAGCUAAUGAGGCUCAUAAUACUUUGCUUUAAUAUGUUAAAGUCUUGUUCCAAUUUCUGUACAGUGCCUUGUAAGAGUCUCAUAAGUGUGCCAACAUUUGCUGACUAGCUGGAAAGGAAAAGAUGAUUGAUGUCUUGAAGAGCAAUAAAAAAAGCCCCAAAGCUUUCCAUUGUGAUUCUGGAUAGAUUUUUCAUUUCCCAAUGCAUGCACAGUGAGAAAACAAAGGCAAGUUGUUUAAAACUUGCAUCUGAAUAGCAUAGCUUGGAAUGUAUCUGCAAUCCCAAGAGGUAUUAACAAAGAUUAAACAUUGAAUGUAGGUAUAAUCCACCAACAGGCAGUUUUUCUGUGUAGGACAGUUGAAGGCAAUUUAAUAGGAGUCUCUGUUUUUUGUGCAGUUUUCUUCCAUGUGUAAUAUCUGGAAUGGCACUGGACAGACGACCCAGUUUUAGUGUCAAUUUUUUUUUUUUGGUCAAAAUGACAGGAAAUACACACUGGGCAUAUGAAAACAGUUCAGUAAAGUUUCAACACUACAUCCUAUUGCUACAUUGUAGUUUAUUGCACAUUCUGAUUAUUUUUUUAAACACUUUUUUAACACUGGUUUGUCUUAAACUUGAAUCUUGCCUCAAUGUCUGAUACAAUAAUCUUUGAUGCAAGGUUGUUUUUUUAAUUAAAAGUUAUUUCUAUAUAUGUUGUACAUAGUCUGAAUUUGAUGGCUUUUUAGAAGUGCAGAAGUAGCAGCAAUACUUCCUCUUGGCACGGAGCCCUGCUUGGCCUGCAGACCCACUGCAGCUUGCUGUGAGGCCAAGAGUCCCUCAGUGCCUCAGUACAGAGGUGUGUCUGCCCUCUCUCUUGUCCUGCAUGUGCAGCUGCUUCCAGGAAAAAUGUUCUCAAAGGUCAGUGUCUCAGAUUUUGCAGGUCUUUUCCAUACCCCUGACUACUCCUUAGGAACCUGAUCUGACCAGCUCUCACCCAGCUUUGUUGUAAGGUAUGGGUUUCCUGUGUUUGAUCCCUGGGGCAGAGGGAGGAACUGCUGCACUUUAGGAGAGGGGACAGACAAAGUAACCAGCAGCCAGGCCAGCUGCCUUCCAUGUCCUCAAAGUGCUGCCAGGAAGUGGAAAUACAAUCCAAUCUGUUACAGAAGGGCUUUUCUUUACUGGAGGGUGGAAACAGAAGGGUGUUAAACAGCAGGCCAAGCACCCCCCUAUAUCAGAGGAGCUGGGUUAUCCCAGUCUGGUGAGCCUGGGGACCUGCAGAGCAUCCCUGCACUGCAGUUCAGGUUCCAGCUGCAGUGCCAAACCAUCGUGUGGCUGCAGGGUCAGCCUGGUGUGGGCUGAAGCAGCUGCUGGGCUCCUGGCCCACUGCAGGGGCAGGUAGUGCUCUGAGCAAGGAGAACCCCAGCAGCUGUGUCCCCUCUAUGUUCUUGCCACCCCUUGUGGGAACUUGCUAUUGCUUCAUAAGACAGCAAUAAAAAGGGUAUUUAGAGAAAGGCUGAGCAGGCCCAAGACAGAAGCAAAAUGUCUAUUUGGUCA